CGACCACCCCUGCCGCCGCGCAGAAUGCCGAGGGGGGAUUCCCCGGGGAGGUUCUUCGCGCGGGCCAUGCUCCUGGCGGCGAUCGCGAUCGCGGGGACCACCACCACGAGGCGGCCCGCCCUUCCCCCUCUGGCGGUCCGGGCCUUUGGAACCGCACCCGCCGUGGUCCCCCGGAAGGCCCCGGCGGGGACGCGGGAGCCCGCCUCCCGGAGCCGGAGCCGCGGGCUCGGAUCGGUCGCCGGGAACGGGGGAGGCGGCAGCGACGACGCCGGGCCGAACGCCCCUGCCCCCGCUUCUGCCCUCGGCGAGGUGGUGGAAGCCGUCCUGACCUCGGCCUCGGUAGCGGCCGCAGCGGGCGGCGACAACAGCAACGACAACAAAAGCAGCAACGACAACAACAACAAUAACAGCCGAGAAGAAGUCUCCGCGUCCGUCCGGGGACUCCUCGGGUCCACCCUCCGGCGGGCCUAUUCCACAACCGCCACCGUGAGCGACGCGAGAGACAAUGCCGAGCGUUCCGGUGGCGGAAGCAGUUCAACCGCCCUUGGCUCGGACGCCCCGAGAAGCAGGUACUCGAACACCACGGACACCUCGAAGCAGCGCCAGCAGAGCUAUCCCCACCACGCCAGGAAAGGAGGCAGCAAGACCGCCCGACGCUACGAGUUCCCCUUUGCGACGGCCUACAAGAACCACCCGGCCCUCAACAACGUGGCGCUGGCCCACGCCCUGUGGGCCUCGGUCAUCCGGCCCGGGGUGGACAGCGCCAUCGACGCGACCUGCGGGAACGGGAACGAUUCCGUCGUCCUGGCGGAGAUCCUCUUUGGAGCCAACGCCGGCGGCAACGACGGCGACGCCGGCACCGGAAGGUCCGAGCUCCUGUGCCUGGACGUCCAGGAGCUGGCCUGCCAGCGGACCCGUGAGGCCCUCCGCGAGGCCCUGCCCGCUUCGGUCCGCGUGCUGGGGGCCGGCGAACAAACCGCCAUGGGCGGAAGCGGAAACCUCGUCCGGGUCCUGGAGGCCUCCCACGAGACCCUCCCCCGGCCCUCGGACCCCUCCUCGGUCGGCCUGGUCGUCUACAACCUCGGGUGGCUUCCCGGCGGGGACACGGGGGGCAAGGGCACCGUGACCCAGGCGGGAACGACCCUCGCGUCCAUGGUCGACGCGGUCUCCCUCCUGCGCGUCGGCGGCAUGCUCAGCGCCAUCACCUACCCCACCACCAGCCCGGGCGAGGCGGAGGCCGUCCGGCUCUUCGUCACCUGCCUGGCCCUGCUGUCCAGCAAGACGAGGAGCUGGGAGGAGGAGGUGGCCGCCUUUGGAGACGACCGAAACCGCGAGCAAGGGGAGGGGGUCGCCAUCAAGGACCUGGUGGCCUCGUGCAUGGAGCGGGUGGUGGCGUCGGGCCCGGGGACCUGGCGGGUCUCCCAGCACGACAAGCUGGGCAUGGAGAGCCCGCCCGUGCUGUUUACGGCCACGCGGAUCAAAUAGAUAGGGGCGGGGCGCGGCGAGUCAUGCCACGCCACGCCACGCCACCGAGCCCAACGCGGAGCAACCCCGAGCCGUGCACUCGGUCCGCUAGCUAGCUUGCUAAAGUAUGUAGUGCUGUGCUGUAGUGUACUGUACUGUACUUUACUGUAGUGCCCAUUCCCACAACGGAUCAACGAACCGCGUUGAGCAAAAACGCGCCUGCGUCCUUCUAGUAAUAGAUACGGCCGGAACGGCAAGAACAACCCCGGCUUGCAGGACCAAUCGUACCUUCAGCUCCCAAUACAUUUGCGAUACGGUACGGGUCGGACGCUGGUCAUGGGCAUUCCUGUUCAUUACAAGUACAAAUGUGGGCACGGUAGGAACCAGUGUUUAUUAUUUCUAGAAUAAAAAUUGAUAGUAUUU